UAUUUAACUUAGCGGAUAUCUCUCUCUGUUUUUUCUGUUGAUUCGUAACAAAACUUAGCGGAUGUCUCUCCUGAUAAUUUAAAUAAAUAUAUCAUAGCGUGAGUAUUUGAAUUUGUGUUGUGGACCAUUUUGAAAUAAAUAAAAGUACAUGGUAUCUAAAAGUCCAGAUUUUUAGCUGAUCUUGAUAGAAAAUCAAACAAAAGGGCUGCUUGUAAAACUUUAGCAGGUGAUACCAACUGAAAGAUGGCUGUGCAAAGUGUUCCAGGAGUUACUCUGAGCUCCGGCAAUGCGAAAAAUAUGCCAGUUUUGGGACUUGGCACAGGAAGUGUUCCAUUUCUAGCACCAGAAGCAGUGAUAAAAGCAGUGCUUGAAGCAAUUGAGCUUGGUUACAGGAUGUUUGAUACUGCUUCCUUUUACCAAACAGAGGAAGCUCUUGGUGAAGCGAUAUGUCAAGCUAUUAGUUGUGGUUUGAUUAAGUCCCGCGAUGAGGUCUUCAUCACUUCUAAGAUCUGGUGCACUGAUAAUUAUGGUGAUCGUGUCAUCCCAGCCCUGAAAAAGACUCUGCAAAAUAUGAAGUUGGAGUAUCUUGAUCAGUAUCUUAUACAUUUUCCAGCAAGUGUAAAGGCUGGGGUGGUAUUUCCGCCAAAAGUUGAGGAUGUUGUUCCGCUGGACAUAAAAUCUGUUUGGACAGCCAUGGAAGAGUGUCAGACCCUCGGCCUUACGAGGUCAAUUGGUGUCAGUAAUUUCACUUGCAAGAAGCUUGGUGAUAUUCUGGCUUUUGCUAAGAUACCUCCUGCAAUCAAUCAAGUGGAGAUGAACCCAACAUGGCAACAAGGGAAGCUGAGAGAGUUCUGUCAGGCAAACAAAAUCACGAUAGCUGCUUAUUCUCCUCUUGGAGCAGCAGGAGCCUUCUGGGGAACCAAAGGAGUGCUUGAAUCUGAGGUUCUAAUGGAAAUUGCAGAGUCGAAAGGGAAAUCUGCUGCUCAGGUUGCUUUGAGAUGGGCUUAUGAGCAAGGCGUUGUCAUUGUGUUCAGGAGCUUCAACAAAGAGAGACUAAAGCAGUAUCUACAGAUUUUUGACUGGGAGUUGAGCGAUGAAGAGUCAAAAAAGAUUGCUGGAAUUCCUCAGAGCAGGGCAAACCUUUGUCAGAUGUUUAUCUUUGAAACCGGUCCUGUGAAGUCACUCGAGGAGCUCUGGGAUGGAGAAGUAUAAUACAUUUUCUUCACAAAGUAUAUCAACCAUGUAAACCAUCCUUUCAAUAAUCAGUGAAUUUCACUCUGCAAUAGGGUCCCUUUAAGGCCUCUGCAACUUCUUCCGUAUUUUUUCUCAAUAAUGUGAUCGUAUCUUUUUCCA